AUGGAGAGCUCACAAGAAGUGCAGCUGAGCAGUCAAAUCGAUGAGGACGGAGACCUCAUGGUUAUUGACGUGGACGUCCCCGAUGGGAUGGACAUCGAUGCUCCGCUUGCCACCGUGGGGCGCCGAGAGUGUCGGCAACCCGAAAGGCGGCAUGAAUCCAGAAAACCGGUACAAAGCGGUGUUCAGGGCCCUAAAGGUAAACCCACAAAUUCGAAGGGGGCCGGCCGUGGCGGCGAAAGCCGGCCAAUCCCGCAGGCAAGCCGGAAACGACACCAGCCCGGAACCACUCCGGCUGUGAAGGGCGCUGGAAACAAAGCGCGGAACGGCGGUCCCCAGGGCCAAAAGGGUAACAACCGGAAGGCCAAAAAGACAGGAAACACGGCUCAAACGCCGCCUGUCGUGGUUUGCAACGCCGGGCCGAGUUCCUCGGAACGCGCACCCGUGUGUGUGCAGACACUGUCUACCCUGCAGCCACCGGCAGGGGAGGUUGUCGGAAACGGUGGCUGCCGCUCUCCGACCGUGUAUUCCAUAUCGUCGGAUGACUUUAUGGACGUGGACGAAGAGGAACCUGAGCAAGUCGGGCCUGUGAGAGAAUCAAACAACAGUAUAGCACCGGGCACCGCCAGUGAGGUGGCGCUCACUGAGACGGCUGCGUUGCCGAGGGCACCCGAAGGGCACGCCCCGCAGGCUGAACGGGCCGGGAACACGCCACAAAUGCCGCCGAACUACGCUAGGCUGAAUGCCAAGUUACAGUUCCUGCACUGUGUCAUGCGUCAGAUCGAUGGACCAUGGUGUCAUUGGGUACCGGACGUCUACAAGGCAGUAGUGACGAAGUAUCAGAGGAUGCCACGAGGAGGAUGGAAAGUCCUCGCGGAAUAUGCCAACGAGCAUUUCGAAUUCCACAAGACCCACAAGGAGGUGGAGCAGAUGGCAAGACAGGUAGUCGCCAAAGCAGCGCGGAGCCAACCGACGGACGUUGGAGAAAUAGCAUCGCUGCACGACGUCGACUCAUACAACGCCCUGCAGGAGGAUUUCGACCGGAUCAUGGCACAGAGGUUGAGGGAGCCUGGUGUGAUUAGGACAGUAAAGAACAAAAGACACACCAUGGACUCCCUCGACUUCACGGCGAUAAGGUCGCUGGAUCUAGUGGUCCACAACUACGUGAAGCACAACCCAGUCACUGACAUGGGGAUGCUAGCCGUCUUGUAUCAGACGGCACAGGACUGCUACGACAAGUACAGCGCAAAACCAUCGUCGUCCUCGGGAAAGAAGGAGGCAGCUGAGAGGAGGAUCAAGGAGCUGGAGGAGAUAGGAGCAUUACUUCUGAAAUACAAGCAGAAGGUCCCCCUGGAGAAGGAGGAUAGGAAACGCGUUUAUCGCCAAAUGGACAAGUACAACAUGAUCGCGGACAAGCCGCAGGAACUGUCAUACGUGAUCAGCAGGACUCAAGAGGAGCUCCAAAAGGAGCAGGACAAACUCAAGAACGCCAAGUUCAAGAAGGAGUUGUACAACGACAACCGCAUGUUCGAGCUCUACACGGGACACUUCUACAGGACACUGGAGAACAAGCAGGACGCGGACGAGUCGGCGAUAAACGAGGGGAUGAUGAUAGAGUACUGGGCGCAAAUGUGGGUGAAGCCAAACGCACCGCACAACGGUGAAGGAUAUCUGGUCGAAAGACCACCGGCAGAGAACAAGGCAGGCUUUCCCACAUACGAGGAAUUCGUCACGAUCGUCAAGAAAUUGCGAGACUGGAAGUCGCCCGGUGCGGAUGGGAUCUACAACUACUACAUUAAAUGGCUCACGUCCCUUCACAGAGUCAUUUACAGGCUAGUAGAGGAGGCAUGCCAGCAAGGCAAAGUGCAGGACGACUGGUUCUACUGUGGGAUCACGUACCUACUACCGAAGAACAAGAAACCAAAGUCCGCCGCACAGUACAGGCCUAUCACAUGCAUGUCCAACCUAUACAAGCUAACUACCCGCUGUGCAACGGAGACGCUUAAGCGAGAAGUCGAUGGCAGGGGACUACGGUCCGAGAACCAGAUGGGCACGAGGAGCAACGUACAGGGUGCAAAGGAGCACGCGUUAGCGAACAUCGCGCUCAACGAGAAGCACAAGGGGAAGUUACUUGCAACGUGGGUCGACGUCAUGAAGGCGUACGACUCAAUCGACCACGCGUACCUGGCAAGGGUUAUCGACAACCUUAACCUACCAGGGUGGUUAUCAAACUUCAUCAAGCAGACGAUCAAGAGGUGGAAUAUAGAGAUACGGUGGAACAAGAACACAAUCAUGCACAAGAAAGUGGAGAGGGGCAUUCUCCAAGGCGACAGCCUAUCGCCCCUUCUCUUCGUGCUGUGCUUGGACCCGCUGAGCAGGCACCUGACUCGCAUCUUCCCCAAGGUGGAGUUAAGCGUGACCGGCGGCAGGAUAUUCGCCACAAACCACUUUCUCUAUAUUGACGACCUCAAGUUCUUCGCCCACGAGGAAAGUACGAUGAGAGGAAUGGGCCGAGAAGUGGAGAAGUUCUUCAACGACAUAGGACUCAGGAUCAACCGCGACAAGUCGGCAACCAACACGGAGGCGUGCGCCAGCAUCGCCAAGCAGAUGGAAGGCCCGGAAACGUACAAGUACUUGGGAGUCACAGAGACUUCAAACUCACUGACAAGCGACGGAAUGUUCGACAUAAUACUACAGGAGAUAUGCAGGAGAACGGAGCUACUGGCUGCGUCAAAGCUGUCGGGGAAAAACCUCUCGAUGGCCAUCAACCAGUACGCCCUCAGCGUCAUAAACUACUACAUCGGCGUGAUCCCCAUGGACAUCACGCAUUUCGACAAGAUCGACCUGGCAGUACGGAGAAUAAUUAACGCGAAGCACGGACACAAGAAGUGGGCGAACACACAGAGGCUCUACCUCCCCCGGAAAGAGAUGGGGAGAGGGCUCCACAGCAUGGUAUUUAGAGCGGAAGCCAUGCUGCUACGACUGUGGUUGACGCUUUCAGCAGACGAGGUGACGUCAACCAGGAGAGCUGCGAUCAUGCAGCAUUUUCGCGACACAUACGCGCACAUAUCUCACAUCAAGAUGCACCUGGAAGGAAGAUAUGGAAUGGAAUUCGGAAUGGAGGACACUACGGACAAGAGCCUCAGGGACCUCAGGGUGGCCCAAAACAAAUGGCUGUACAACAGAAUGCACGUAAAAUCAACUCAUAAGGUUCUGUAUGCCAAGCGUGAGGACCCCAAGCUGGACAUUGAGGCGUCGUCCUUGUACCUGACGUGUGGAAUACUCACUCCGGAAGAAGAAGCGAACGUAGCGGAAGUCCAGGAUAGGAAUCUGCAAUGGAUGUCUUCGUCCAAGAAAUGCACAAGAUGCAACAACGGCAAGAACGUGGAUCACCUCGCGACGAAGUGCCAGAAACUACUACACCUAGAAUAUACGAAGAGGCACAACGAGGUAGCAAAACGGGUCCACUCAGUACUCGGGAGGCAAAUAGGACUACCCAAGGAGAAGAUAGACGCCCACAAGAUCGAGAGUGAAACUCAGAAGACUAAGGAAUACAACAGGCCAGACAUCAUCCUGGCGGAUCGGCGGAGGAACACCAUAACCAUCGUGGAGAUAGGAAUCACCAAUCAAGACAACCUAGUGGAUACGGAGAAGUUCAAGAAGCAGAAGUAUGAAGACCUUAUUGAGGACCUCAAGGCGCGACAGUUUAACCAGCAAACCAAGAUCAGGGUUAUCCCCUACGUUAUGACGUGGGAGGGAAUAGUGACGAAAGAACACAGCAAGUAUAGACGGGACCUGGGCAUAUCGGAUCGCAUGGAAGCCCACAUACAAAGGGUAGUGAUCCAAGAAACACAUAAAAUAGUGAUGAGGGAUAUGAAGCCGAAAGAAGACUACGAUUCCGUAGAAGACCCUCAAGCCCAAACUGGAUGGAUGCCCGCAUGGAUGGCACCAGUGACGUCCGGCAAUGGACCGGCGUGGAUCCCGCAACCGGUUUCAGCUAAGGAGGCGAGAAAUGUGAUCCAAGGGGUGGCCGAUAAGGCUAAGCAAAUAUAUGAUCAGCUGAAUAUAGAUGAUGAUAAACAGCCGAUUACUCAGGGCAUCAGCCAAAUUAAUGCCACUAAAUCAAAUAUUCUGAAAGUUGAUGCGGAGUUACAAAAGGUUAACACCGAUUUGCGCAAAUGGAGAGUAGCGGCGCAAACUGUGCUCGAGAUAGCGGUGAAUCGAGCAGAGCAUGUGCACGAGAAGUUGGAUCCUACGAAAAAUGAUGAAAGCCAUCUAAUUGGUAAAAAUAUCAAGGAUAUUGGUGACGUCAAAAAAGAACUUGACAUUGCAAAUGAACAGCUUAAAACACAAGUUGAGAGUCUUAACAAGUGGAUUCAAGAUGCCGAAGAUAUCCGCGCCGCCGCUGAAGCAAAGGCCAGGGAAGCGUAUGAUAAGUUGCAAGUUCAUGAAAAACUGAGUGAGAAUGUACAGAGGAUUGUGGACGCCAGUAAGGCAAUUAACGGAGUUCAUAUGGCGGUUGAUGCAAAACACAAGGAGUUGGGGACGUGGAGAGAGAAGGCCAAGGAAGUGAUUGACGGGGCGGUUGAAAAGGCGCAGCAUGUUCAUGAUGCGUUAAAAGAUAAUGUUGACAAGAAAAUGGGUGAGAUUGAGCAGGAGAAUAACGCAAUCAAAAGUGCAUGUGAGAGUCUUGAAAGCGAAGUUAACCAUCUAGGUAACUGGAAAGAUGCCGCCAGCAAAGUCAUUGACAAGGCCAAAGCCAAGUGUGAUGAGAUACUCAAGAGGGUUGACAUAAAUCAUAAGGAUAAUGAAGGAGGAAAGAAUGGCCCAGUGAUAUUCAAACAAGCGAAAGAGUUACAAGAUAAGGGCACCAAACUUCUACAAGCUGCGCAGGACGCUAAGCGAAAAGUUGAGGAAAAAGUCAAAUCGGCAUUGGAGGCUGUGAAAAACAUGGACACGGAUAUCAAGAGGGAUUUGAAGGUGGUGAAGGAUGAGAUUAUGAAAGGGAUCAAAGACGUAAUUGAGAAGUUGAAGGUUGAUAAGCUGGGUGAGAAAGUGAAGCAGGAUUUGCAGAAGUUGAGGGAGAGUAUUGAGGGGCUUAAGGGUAGUAAUAAGCUCGUUAAUGAUAAAGUGGAAAUGCUUAUAGAGGAGCAUGAUAAGGUGAAGCAGAAGACUCAGGAAAUCAUGAGUAAGAUGCAGCAGGAGAUGCAGAAGACAUUUAAGGAGGGUAUCAAAAACCCGCUUAACCAGAAAGUCGGUGAUGUUGAAAAAGCGAUUGAAGCGUUAUACAAAACGAUAAAUCCGAAAGAUGGCGUAACGCGGGAUGAUAAAAAUAAAUUUCAACCAAUUUUCGAGCACAUUAAAAAGGAUGUUACGAAGAUUAAGGGGAAUGGAAAUCAAAAAGGUAAUGAGUCAGGUCUGGACGGCAUUGUCGCUAAAGUGAAAGGGCUUGCUAACGCAUUUCACAAGAAUGGAAAUGGGUUUGGCGAGAGAGUUGAUGGGUGGAUUGGAAGUAUUUUGGGGAUCAAUGAGAAUCAACGAAAGACGCAGACGGAUGGGAUGAAGGCUGUGACGUCUUGGAUCAGGGCCUAUUAUGGUCAAGUUAGGGAUCGUGAAAACGCUUUGAAAGCCGUUAAGGAACAAAUUAAGAAGGCACUUGGAGACCAAAUUAAAGCGGGUCAAGAAAAAUCAUCAUCACGAGACGUGAAAGAAAGCGUUGUGGAAAAUUUGACGAAAGUCAAGGAGGCUUGCGAAGCAUUUGUAGACACGCUGGAUAAGAAGCUGACUAAUACGGAAAUAGAACCUUUCGUCCAGCAGAUAGUAACCAAAAUUCAGGGUCCGUCAAUGGACCAGAGGGUAUCAAAUGAAAAUGACGAUCGUAAAACCACCGUUAGGGCUGCGCUAAUUGCACUUUGCAGCUGCGUCAGGCAGGUAGCCUCGGAAGUACAGUUCAUAGGCAUAAACAUGUUUGGCAAAAAAAUAGACACCAUAAAGCAGACUGUUGAUGAGCUUGAUACGAAUCUUACCAAUGCGACUAAACCCACCGAAUCCAGUGAUGCAAAUCCCGACCAUGGCACAGCCAAAGCCGUAGACAAUGCGAUCGAGGGGGUGAAGGAUAUGGUUGAAAACACGAUCAAAGAGAAAUUUGAGAGCGAUGUCAAAACGCCAGUUGAAGAAGCAGCCCAAGGUCUCGAAAAGGCCGUUAAAACUUUUGACGAAGCAGCGAAGAAGCAAGUCAAGGCUGCGGCCAAGGGGGCGAUUGACAAGGCGGCUAACGUGAUUAGUGCAGAUGCAGGCACACGUAAAAUAAACUUGUCAAAAUCCAUGUCAAAUUUCCACAAAACUCAUAAUGAGGUCACAAAUAAGCUCAGACCGCUGCUUGAAAAAUUACUCAAUGACCACAUUGGGAGGGAUGAAAUUCCAUUUGUAGGUAAAGCAGAGAAAGUAGAACUCUCGAAGAAUUUUGAGAAAUACCUCAAACACAUAUCUGUUGGCGUGCUGACAGGUCACCCGCACGGACCACUGGCAGAGGCUAUCGACAAGAUUGAGGGUGACGGUAUGAAGGAGCUUAGUAUCAUUCAUCCAAGACACAUUGGCAAUGAUAAAAUAGAUGAACAAACCUUCGACGAUCCGUUCAAAGAGAUUCAGUCGCAGCUUGAGGAUAUCACGAAAUUGGUUAGUGACACAAGGACAGACAUGACUGGCGAACCAGCUUCAUACAGAAACGGCAUCAAAAAUUAUCUCGAAGAUCUUAAAAAUGCUUUCGGUGAUGGAAAGUUGGAUGGGGCUGGGGAAAGUUUAGAUAAUAUUAAGAAAGCCAUUGGACAACUGCAAAGAGAGCCGUUCUCCACUAAACCCGCUGAAAUCGGCAAAGCCGUCAAGGAAAUUAAGUUGCAGGUUGAUGAGCUCAAAAAGAAGUUGCUGAAUGGUACAGAUCCAAAAGGCAUUAUUGACACUUUGAAAGAUUUAAAGGAUGCUGGUCUCGAAAGUGGAAAAUGGAAUCGUAAUGUGGGUAUGACUCAUAUUCAUAAGGAACUUGAAGAGCAGAAUAAGAUAUUGCCUAGACAAACCAAAGUAAUAGGAGAAGCCAUGGAUUCCGUAAUCAAAGAUAUAAACAAUGUGCUUAGAGAAGUCGGUAUGACGUUGGAUCAUCACAUAAUUCCUGAUGGUGACGUAAUUUUCAGGUUAAAACAAAUAGAAGAUAUGAUUGGCCGAGGUAAGUAUAAAUAUGAGGGCACUCUGCAAGGAAUUCAUGAUAUGAUAAGUGGUUUGAGAGCAAAAAAUUUUAGUGUGAAUCCGGAUAAAAUCGGGCGCUCCUUAAAGGCAGUUAAGGCGAGGCUUAAGACGCUCCGAGGUGUGUUGCAAGGAGAGAACGACAAACAUGAUGGAGUCAUAAGCGCUCUUAAUGAUUUAAAAACUGACGGCCUUGGCCCUGGUGAGUGGAAUAAAGAAAGAAACACAAAAGGUCUCCACGCAAUAGAAAAUGAUCUCAAAAUUGAAGAAAGUAAGUUGAGCUGGCAGCCGACACUAUUAAACUCGGGCUUCGAAUCAAUUACCAAUGUGCUCGACGAACUUAGAAAAGAGUUAAAAGAUGUGUACGGAAAUCCUAAUAACGACGUGAUAAAUAAUUUGGAAGAUUUGUUAAGCUUUGGAUUUAAUGGUGCUGAGUGGCAACGUAAAAACGUGGGAGGUCUCGUUAAAAUUAAGAAUGACCUUCAAAAGCAGAAUGCUGAAUUGCCAAAAGAAACUGAUAAAAUUAAGCAAGCCAUCGACGCAAUAAAAGAAGAGAUGCAAAAUGUCCUUAUACGUGUCGGGAUGAAGUUGAAUCACACACUUAUGGACGAUGAUGUCGUGGACAACCUGGGAGCAUUGAAAUUGAUGAUUAGUAGAGGUGGGCGUGGAGGGCUCCAAGCAAUUCAAAAGAAAAUCAAUGAUUUGGUGACAAAUGCCUUCAGAACUAAUUCCGAAGCCAUACAGGGAGCCAAAGAUGAAAUAACAGAGGAACUUAAAAGGCUUCAAAAUAAUUUGAAGGGUGUAAAAGACAAUGACGUCAUCGAAACGUUAAAGGAUUUGAUUGACUUGGGCCUCGGCGCUGGUGAGUGGAAAAAAGAAAGAAACACAAAAGGUCUCGAGACUAUUGAGAUGGAGCUUAAGAAACAACAAAGUGAAUUAUCCUCCCAACCAGGAUUAAUUGACGUAGGUGUCGAAAAGAUUACCAAGGUGCUUGAGGAGGUAAGAGCCGCGUUGCAUGAUGACAAAGGAAAUCCAAAAAGUGACGUGAUAAAAAGACUGGAAGAUUUGAGAGAAAAUGGGCUUGGUGAUAAGGCAAACACCUGGAAUGGUAAAAAUGGUCUUAAGAAAAUUAGGAUCGAUCUCAAAUCGCAUAAUGAAAAGUUAUCUGAGGAUGGGGAAGAAAUGGAAAAAGCCAUGGACACAGUGUUGAUGCAGAUACAAGGUGUGCUUCGGAAUGCUAGAAUGAAGUUGGGACAUCACAUAAUCCCACACGAUGACAUCGCGUGGGAUUUGCAUCGGCUGCAGAGGAAGUUUGGCUUUGAUGAAAUUAAGGAUGAGAACAAUCUUCAAGAGGUUCUAAACCAGAUUGGAGAACUUCAGAGCAAAACAUUUACUGAUACGCAAUAUACGAUUGAAAAAGCAAAGCAGCAGAUCGCUAAUGAACUUAAAAAUCUUAUAGGUGUCUUGGACACUAAUAUUAGCAGUACGUUGACGGACUUGAUCGGCAACGGGAUGGGCAAAGAUAAAACAUGGCAGAAUGAUAAUAAAGGACUUGGCUUCAUUAAUGGUGAGCUUGAACGUCAACAAGGUAUAUUGAAAAAACAACCCGAAGACAUCGAGACCGGCGUUCUAGUAGUUACUAAUGAGCUUGACGAACUUCGAAAUAUUUUGGAUGGGCGGGACAGUAGCACUGCACAGGAACGGGGCGUAAUGCGUAAUUUGGAGUUUUUGAUGAAAGAGAUUGGAGACAGUGACCAUGCAGGUCUUAAAAAAAUUAGAAAGGCAUUGGAGACUCUCAAUACCAAUACAGUCCCAGUUGUGACCGCCAACCUCCGUAAGCUCUGCGGUGAUAUUCAAGACGCUGCUGCAUACGCCGAUUGGCACGUAACUCAGCUCGAAGAUCCGCACGUCGACGGCAAACUCAAAGGCAUAGAAGAUGGUAUCGACAACCUCCGACUCACCGAUCUGGCCGACGCCAUCACCAUGUGCGACGAGUUCCUUGAUAAAGCCAACGAAAUAGAGAAGAACACCAUCCAUGCCCUUCUGAAGCACGUCGACGGUGAGGUGGGCGAGGCUAUCGAAGGCCUCACCAAGGAGGCCCGCACGCUGUACGUGGACUCGGUAAGAGAGACGCUAGAAUUGUUUGCCAAGAAGGUCAACGAGGAUUUGGAUCAGCUGCCAAGUGAGAUUAACAGGGAUAUGUACAUGGGCUAUAAAGGGUUCAUGAAUACGAUGGAAGGUGAGAACAGCGGUAACAUCAACAGGCUUAAGUGCGUGAUAAGCAAAGAACUGAAACUCUUAUCCGCCGCAUUCGCCGGGUUCUUCGGUGAAGUCAACGAGUACGUCCGCAAAGAGACUGAUAGGGUGCAUAGGGAGCGUGAUGAGGAUAGGAAUCCGUCACUACCACCAACCGAAGAGCCAUACACGCCUAAGCUCAAAGAUGUUUAUGACGCGUUGACUGCGCUGCUCGCCUACCUUAGAGACAAUGAUAGCGAUGCCUACAAACUCACCGAACUGGUUGAUAGGCUGACCAAGGCGCUGGGUAAUUUGGUACCCGCCGACUUCAAGCACCCGUCCACUCCGCUGCUGGACAGUAUCGCCAACGGUCUCUCCAAAUUCGCCGGUGAGUUUCACAACACGUACAUAUCCACCUAUUCCGGUCAGCGGUGCUGGGAGGAACAGUCUCACAAGUAUGCCAAGGUGUUACUGAGCAUGGUACCUAUGACGCACAAAACGCUUACCAAGUUGAUGAUGAAGUGUGAGAGUGAGUGGAAAGCACUUCACAUUAGUAAGUUGACAGCUGACGACAGGGACAACGCACUUGGCAACUACCUCACCCGGUGCGGGUACAGGGUGUCCAGUUCCGAAAGUGAGCAAGACGGCGAGUUGAACAACAUGUUUACUGGCGGUGGGAUUUACGAGUUGCUAUUCACCCCAAUUGAGGAUGUGGCCAUCGAAAUGAUGGUUGAAGGUCAGCCGGUUAAGAAUGGAAUUAACUUGGUCACCAUCAUGUCGCUGCUCUACAACACCGUGUGUCACUACUUCCAGGUGUGCCACCUACAUGUUCCUCCAAAUACACGAUACCCUUGCACGGUCAGGGACAUGCUGUCGUGGCUCUCCGGGCUGCAGUACACAGUGGUGGUAGACAAGCUGCCUGACCACUGCAAGGCUCUGCUCAAUCUCCGAUGCCAAGAUGGCGAUAUCCCCAACAAGGACGAUCCUGUCAUGGCCAAGUGCAUUGAAGGCUUGCCGCUCACCAUCGCAGCAACAUGUUCACACUCCACUGCCCUGCUCACCGUUAUCCAGGGCAACGGCCACGGCUUCGACCUGGCAGCCUACCCUUAUUCGGUGGACUUCUCCAAUAACCGUGCCAUGCUCCACUACCCGGCUAACCCUGCCGAGCUGCUUGAUAUGCUACGUGAUAUAGCAUGCCGCCUGUGUAGAGUGCUCUACUUCCUGUACUCCCAGUGCUGCCGCAGCACCGCCCGGGUCAGGGGGUGGCGGGAGUGCACGUACGGCCGGCAGGUGCAGUCACACAACUGGCAGUGUAAUACAUUUGGCAGGGACGCUACCACUGCCAGUGCUACAACUACCAGCGCUACUGUCACUACUGCUGCAACAACUACCACUUCCACCACCACUCACGGCUGCCCGCCCACCUCGCCUCUACAGUCAUUCCUCUCCGACAGUUGCCACGGACUACUGCCGCAUACCCUCACCGCUGAUAACAUGGCCAUCCACUGUGCCAACUGCACCGCCAACCAACCAGGUCAGCAUUGUCUUACCCCGCUCGGGUUCUGGGACCUUGGCUUUGCCGCCUCCAUAAGUGGCACCGGCUGGGAUCUCGCCAAGCGCCUCGGCGAUAUGUGCCGUGACGCUGACUCAUGCGUGUUUGUACUGUGUCGGACUCUGUUCUUGCUGUGCCCCGCUGCACCCUCAUCACUCGCCGACGUGUUUGCAUUGUAUGCUCAGCUACUAAGAAAGUGGGACUCUCAUGACCGUGUUAAGCACCGUGGCGGUACGUACACCGAUGCCUCCAAUUUCAUAUCGCACCUCAACACCGACGGCAUCGACAGCCUCUUCCCACUGUGGGCACAGCUCCACGGCAGCUAUGAAAAUGGCAACCUCACCAGUGCCAUCGCGUCGCUUGCUAAUCAUGACCACAGAAGCCACGAUGCGCUGUCCACUCUAUUUCACGACUCCACCUGCCAGUCACCCGGUGGCUGCGCUCCCUACCUCCAACCCCUAGGACUCCACGCCCAUCACACCUACCCGCAGAAGCACGCCGGGAGAUACAUCACGUGGAUAAUGUACCUGGCAUGGCAGUUAUGGGAGUUGCUCUACAACCUACUCCACGCGCUAGGCAAGAUCGACUGCACGGCCUCCGGGUGCGCCACAUGCCCCUGCCAACCUGGAACUCACGGUGGGAAGGACACCUGCUACUGCCCGUCCAUCGUCCAGUGCGCCGGACCACUGCCCACUCUAUACCGCUACGGAUUCACGUAUCGCAACUCAAAUCUCCUGGUCAGCGAUAAUCGUGCCAUUCGCUGCGGAGACCUCAACGCACAACUCAAAAAGGCGCUGCAAUCCGGCCACUUCACCGAAUUGUUCCGGCAAAUCGACCAACUCAUCUGGCACAUCCGGAUGCCUUUCUUCUACUGCUUCAUCGCACUGUGGACUCUCGUGGCGCUAUACAUACUUCACACUUCCCUGUACCGCAUGGACAUCUUACGCAUCAGGUCACAUCUCCUGACCACGAAGGCAUCUCACCUCAUCGAUGUUAAGGCGCUACUCAUCCCGAGCAGAAAAAUGCUUUCACUCUACGACGCCAGUAACUUCGAUGAUGACCCCAACGAGCUGCUCAACUUAACAUAA